GAAUUUGAACAUCGUGCAUCCUUGUCGUUGGCAAACUUUGUCCACUUGGUGUCAGCACUGAUUCUGUCAGUCAGACAUUUGUAACCUUCUUCGAUCUUCUCUAAAUUCUCAGUGUAAGAAAUAACCCACGAAGAUGCUUUCCAGGGCCGCCCUCCUCUCAGGACAACAGAACCGCGCUCUCGUCGCCUUGGCCGCGAGGACCACCGGUACCACCGCCUGCAACAAUGUCGCCGCCAGCUGCGACAGCCAGGUCGAGAUGACGAGACCUGUCAGGAUGGAACCUGGUAAAGUUCGUAUGGGAUUCAUCCCUGAAGAAUGGUUCAACUUCUUCUACAAGAAGACAGGUGUAACUGGACCGUACACUUUGGGAUUCACCCUCAGCACCUACCUGCUCAGUAAGGAGAUCUACGUGCUGGAGCACGAAUUCUACUCCGGUCUCUCUUUGGCCCUGAUGUGCGUCGUCGCUGUCAAGAAGAUUGGACCUGGUCUUGCCAAGUACCUUGACAAGGAAAUCGAUGCCUACGAGACUGAAUGGAACGAGAGCCGCGUCAACGAGAGGCAGGUGCUCGAGCAGCAGAUCGGCAAUGAAGAGAAGAUGCAGUGGAGCGCCGAGGGACAGAACAUGAUGGUGCAAGCCAAACGCGAGAACGUCGCUCUUCAACUGGAGGCCGCUUACCGUGGUCGUGUGAUGACCGCCUACCAGGAGGUCAAGAAACGUUUGGACUACCAAGUCGAGAUCCAGAACAUCGAGCGUAGGAUUGCUCAGAGGAACCUCAUCGAUUACGUCGUCAGGAGGGUCAUGAGCUCCAUCACCCCGGACCAAGACAAGAAGAACAUCGACAAGUGCAUUGCCGAUUUGAGUUCCCUGGCCAAGGCUUAAACAUUAAAAAAAAAACCUAAUUUAAUUCGGAGAGAGAGAGUAGUUUCCGUGUCUUUUUACUUUAUACCAUCAUCUCUACUGAUUAUUAUAUACCUCUAAGAUCGAACUUUUA